AUGUCAUCGUCCGGAAAAUUCGGGAACAACUUGUGGGAAAAAAAAUAUCUUCUUGUUCUUGAUGAUGUCUGGACCGAAAGCCAUAUCUAUUGGGAUGACUUUUUACAUUCGUUACGGGGGCUGAAUGCAACUAAUGGAAAUUGGUGUGUUGUGACUACUCGUAAACAACAAACUGCAUCCAUUUUGGCUACACAUGAUCCUUAUGUGUUAGGAAAGCUAUCUGAUGAUGAUUGUUGGUCUAUUCUAACAGAGAAAGCCAAUGCAGGUGGAGAAAUUCCCGAAAAAUUGCAAGUCAUGAAAAAGGAAAUUAUAAAAAAAUGUGGUGGCCUACCGCUAGCUGCAAGUGCAAUGGGAGGUUUAUUGCGCAUGAAGAGAAAAGAGGGGUGGAAAUUGAUUUUGAUGAAUAAGCUUUCAAAUUUGAGCGGAGAUGAAGACAGAGUCAUGGAAAUACUUAAAUUGAGUUUUGAUUGUUUACCAUCACCGGCCAUUAAGAAAUGUUUAGCAUAUUGUUCUAUGUUUCCUAAGGAUACUGAGAUGAAAAGAGAUAUGCUAAUCGAACUUUGGAUGGCAGAAGGCUUCCUUCAAGUAGAUCUCAAGAACAAAACAAUGGUAAACAAAACAAUGGAAGAAAUUGGAGAAUAUUAUUUGGAAAUUUUAUUACAGAGUUCUUUGCUGGAAGAAAUAAGAAAAUAUCGGAGAAGGUAUUAUAAAAUGCAUGAUAUGGUGCACGACGUCUCAAAAUCAAUAAUGUCAAAGUCUACUAAAGUCAUUAAUUCGGAGACUGGUUCAGAAGACAAUAGUAAUCAGGUUCAUUGUCUUGUAAUAGACUCAUUUGGAGAAGGCACAAUAAAUCUUUUUGAGUGUCGGUCAAAUUUGCUUCAUACAUUGUUUCUAAGUGAGGGUAGCUUAUUUGAUGAUAUGCUAAUGAAGUUGAAGACUUUGCAUGUUCUGAAUUUGUCCGGUGAAGAAAAUCAGAAUCUGCCAAUUUCAGUUGGCAAACUGAUACAUUUGAGGUACAUUAACUUUGAGGAUUCCACAAAUGAAAAUUUGCCGGAAUCCGUUUGCAAACUUUAUAAUUUGCAGACACUGAGGCUAAAUAGUUUCGCUCUUAAGACACUAGAGUUCUUUAAAGUGAGUCGAGAGAAGGGUCGACGAAUUGGAGAGUUUGGAAGCUUGAAGAACCUCAAAGGCAAAUUGGAGAUACGCAAUCUGGAACUAGUAAAGGGUAAAGAAGGAGCUGAGGAAGCAAAACUAUCUGAAAAGGCAAAUCUAUUUAGGCUGGAACUUAAGUGGGCCUACAAUCGAGAAGGCGACAACUACAAUGACGAAUUUGCCAGGUGA